AGUCACAUCUUCAUGAAUCUUCGCCUCAACUAUAUCAGAGUAGCCUCCCUUGACGAAUCUCGUAUAACAAAAUCUCUGUUUUUCGCUGAAAAGCUCCAAGCUCCAAAUACAGAUGGCAAUGGCAGCAACAUCUUCAAACUCGCUUCUUCUCAAAAACCCUAAUCUUCACUCAAAUGGGUUCUCGCUAAAAAACCCAACAACCAAACUCACCUUCCCAUCUAGCCAUUUCACAGCUCAAUCUCGUUUAAACAAAUCAAUGUCAAUCACCUGUGCAGCAACUCAAUCUAAAGAUCUCUCAACAAACAAUUCAACAACCCCAUCUCAAGAUCGAGUUUUCAAUUUCGCAGCAGGACCAGCAACUCUUCCCGAAAAUGUUUUACAGAAAGCUGAAUCUGAACUUGUCAAUUGGAGAAAUUCUGGGAUGAGCGUUAUGGAAAUGAGUCACAGAGGUAAAGAUUUCGUUUCGAUUAUUGAAAAAGCUGAAUCAGAUCUACGAACCCUAUUGAAUAUUCCUUCAGAUUAUGCUGUUCUGUUCUUACAAGGAGGUGCAACUACCCAGUUUGCUUCUAUUCCUUUGAACCUUUGUAACCCUAAUGACUCAGUUGAUUAUAUUGUUACUGGAUCUUGGGGUGAUAAAGCUUUCAAAGAAGCUCAAAAGUAUUGUAAACCUAAUGUGAUUUGGUCUGGGAAAUCUGAAAAGUAUACAAAAAUUCCAUCUUUUGAUGAUUUGAAACAAAACCCAGAUGCUAAGUAUUUGCAUAUUUGUGCCAAUGAGACUAUUCAUGGUGUUGAGUUCAAAGAUUAUCCAACACCCAAGAACAAGGAUGGGAUUUUGAUUGCAGACAUGUCUUCUAAUUUCUGUUCUAAACCUGUUGAUGUAUCCAAAUUUGGGAUAAUCUAUGCCGGGGCACAGAAAAAUGUUGGUCCAUCAGGGGUUACUAUUGUGAUUAUUAGGAAGGAUCUUAUUGGUAAUGCACAAGAUAUUACACCAGUGAUGCUUGAUUAUAAGAUCCAUGCUGAAAACAAUUCAUUGUAUAAUACUCCACCCUGUUAUGGAAUUUAUAUGUGUGGAUUGGUCUUUGAGGACCUCGUGAACCAAGGGGGUUUGGUUGAGGUUGAGAAGAGAAAUAUGAAGAAAGCAGAGAUUCUUUAUAAUGCUAUUGAUGGAAGUGGAGGGUUUUAUAGAUGCCCAGUUGAGAAAUCAGUUAGAUCGUUGAUGAAUGUACCAUUUACUUUGGAGAAGUCAGAGCUAGAAGCUGAGCUCAUCAAGGAAGCUACCAAAGAAAAGAUGGUUCAGUUGAAGGGUCAUAGAUCAGUCGGAGGAAUGCGAGCUUCCAUCUAUAAUGCAAUGCCGUUAGCAGGAGUUGAGAAAUUGGUUACUUUUAUGAAGGAUUUCCAGUCUAGGCAUGCUUGAGCUUGAUCAAUGAAGGCGAUGUUUUCUGAAACACUAUUAGGUUUUGCUUUGAAGUUUUAGUUGCUUUUAUUGUCUUUGUUUGAUUUUAUCUUUUUUGAUCUGUUUACUGUUAGAUUUUGGUUUGACAUUAUAAGCACUUGAAUAGUAUUGCAUCGUGUGGGCUUGGUUGUAGUCAAUUUUCAUUUGGGUGAUUGUAAAAUCUCCGUUAUCAAGUUCGUACAAGAUAAAUCAAUGUUACAAGUUAGUUUUGUUUCUCAGUAUCA